AGAACACGACGUGCUUAGGUAUCCGAACCUUAAAUUUUACGAAAGAUGAACUCGAGGUGACUAGCUUCAUUUUGCAAAUGGUGCCUUCUCUCUAUUUAUGUCCAAGGAGCCUAUAGGAAUGGAGGAGCCCUACCAAGUUCAAUAAUCCAUACGGCUUGUCAAUGUCGAUAUGAAUGUCGAUAUGGAAUACGACAUCCUCUUAUACUGCCUCGCCGGACGGGUUCAGCUCUAAACUCCUCGUCCCCGGAGGUGAUUAUAGCUACUACGCCUACACGAGUGGCGGCGAAUAUUCUACCCGGCAGAUGAAAGAUACUAGCCACGGAGGUAUUCCGAAUAUGGAACCGCCGUUUCCUGAAGCUUUAGGAGCAUUCCGUACCGAAUCAGUGUUAUGGAUAGGAUAUUUUGGUGAGAACUAACCCGAAUGAAGCACCACCUCUCAAUAGAUCGAUGCCAGGUUGGAGCGACGCCUUUAUUCCUAAGGUGAUUGGAUGCGAGCAU